AUGUGCUGUUAUUUAAAGAGCAGAAGCGUCAGCCUGGACUAUCCACAGUCAGAGUCCAUAGCCUCAUCUGACACAUCUGAUUAUUCAUCAAGUACGACUUCUGGAUCAAGAAAUUCCCAAUAUGACGAGAAGACUGUUUUAGAUGGAGAUAUUGAAGGAGAGGUGAUUUGUGACAUCUGCUGUCAGACCACAGCUGUGAAGACCUGCCUGACCUGUAACACUUCCUACUGUGAGUUUGAUGUCCGGCAGCACUAUACGGUGAAAACCCUGCAAAGACACAGACUCAUAGAUGUGUGUGACGAAGUUGAGGGGAAACGUUGUCUGCACUACAAAAAGACUCUAGAUUUCUUCUGCAGGACUGAUCAGAUGCUGAUCUGCAGCAUUUGUGCACAGGACAAUCACAGCGGCCAUGAUAUUGUCUCACAGACUGCUGCAAGUCAGAUAUUGGGUGGUGGUGAAUACAAGAACGCUGGGCUACCUGAAACAGGAGAGCAAAAAGUGGUGCCACCUCCUGGUAACAUCAAGUUCCUGUCAGUGAAGCCAAACUCUGUGGUCCUGAGCUGGGAAGGCCCGAAGGGACUGGAGGGGCCCAAGAACUUCAGAAUUAAGUGGAGCUCCUGCAUGAAGGUGGAGGGACACUUAGUCAUCAAAGAUUUUUUUAAAAUUGAAAUAAACCACCUUCAACUUGGACAAAAGUAUUUCUUCAGUGUGGCCACACAAGACGAGGAUGGCAAUUUAAGUGAAUGGGUCACAGCAUCUGUUUUCACAGCUGUACCACCCCCUCAGCACUUAGCAAAAGGACAUUCAGAGGCCACAGCCCUAUCUGUAAAAUGGACCAAAGGAGACAACAUGGAAGGAAUUCCACAUCAGUUCCUCAUAACUGUCACAAGUCCUGGGAAGGAGCCAUUGGCAAUACACACUGAAUACUGCUACAAGAUAUUGUCUGGCUUGGAGCCAGACACAGAGUACAUUAUCUCUGUCUCAGCAGUGCUGAAUGAUCAGUGCAGUGAGCCGGUCUCUAUAACUAUACACACAGAGCCUUGUCUCAGGGAGUUCCUCUCAAACAUCGGACUUGAAGACCAGUAUGACAGCAAGCUCACACUUAGUACGGUUCUUGAGAUUAAUCAAAGUGAUACAUCAGAAAACACACUUGAAACUGCAAGGUCUCUUCCUGAGGCCUUCUUGAAGAAACUUAUGAUGUUGAAUGCAAAUGCGAGAAGUGUCAGAUGUGUGUCUUACAAUAUGGACAAUGACAAGAGCAAUGCCAUCAAUCCGUUGGACCUGAUAAUUGCAUUGUUUCUUUGUUCAGAUAGCUUUCUUCAACAGGUCAUAGUUCUGAAAAUGGCACUCUGCCAGUUUGCGAUUCCACUCUUGCUACCUAACCAUGAAACAAGAGAAAUCAUAUUGAUGCUGUGGCCCAUGCGUGAAAUUGUCAAAACCUUCAGACCCUCAAACCAGGCAUUCAGAAAGUUAAGUUGUGAAGAAAGAAUUGUGCUCUCUGAAAUUCCUCUGGUGUCAUUUGUCAGGCUGGGGAAGACGAUUUUGUCUAAGUCUCAGAUGCUGAACAAACUGUUUAGUAACACUCAGCAGAGCCAUGACACAUUUUAUCAUCGUAACAUGAUGUGUGGGGAUGUUCCCAGGAGGAUUUCAGAUGGGCUUGUUGAAAUCAGCUGGUACCUCCCAUGUGGGAACAUGAAUAUAGACAAAUUCACUGAGCCACUGGCCAUUGCCAACCUCAGAGGAGACAUCAGAGCCUUUGACAAGCAAUUCUCAUUACUCUGCCAGACAUCUGCAACCAUUUAUAUCUUCUGUGAUGAUUCAGAAGCAGAUUACUUCAAGAAUCUGGAUGGAAAAGAUGUGAAAGCAAAUGUCAUUUUGAUUAGCAGUGCACAGGGGAAAACCUUUACACUCAAAAUGAUGAUGAUGAAACCAAGUUUAAAGACAAUUAAUGUGAGCCAGAAGAAAAAGACUGAUACAGAGCUGAUAAAAGCUCUCCAGGAAUCAAUCUCUAAAAUGCUGGAAAAUUGCACAAACAAAGUGUCGGUGGCAAAUCUGUCUGAAAGUGCUCGGGGUUUUGGGAUCCUGGUUGAUGAGGACAGUGAUGAAUGCCAGAGCGCAUGGAAGAACGUGGGUGAAAUCACUAAACGCGUCACUACCACCUCCAAAUUCAAAGACAAACAACUGCCUUUCCAGGGAAACAUCUGGAAAGCGCUUUCAUGGCUAGAAACUGAGUGCUGGAGACUGCGAAAAGCUGGCAACCAGAUAAUCGAGGACUACCGCAAAUCUUUGAAAGCAAAACAAGAGGAGCUUAAAAAGAAACAGCUAAGAUUUCAGUUGACAGCUGCAAUGUCAAGCUUCCUUCAUGGUGUGGUCACCUCAGAGGUACAAUGUUACUAUUUCCUCAAAUGGCUGGAAAUAGAGCUGGACAAUCUCUGCCAUAGUCAACUGUCAGCUCUGCAGGAUCAAUACAAAGAGCUAAGCCAGAAAUUUCCCCAAGACACAGAAAAAAUUGCAAAGAUUGAUAAACAAAUAUCUGUUUGUUCUUUACGCCUAGAUCACUUCUUUCGAGAGUGUGGGCAACUGUAUGAAUGUGCAAGUUGCCUGCCAGAAUACAGCUGUCAGAGAAAAACCAUGAUACAGCAACCUGCACUGUCUGCUCAGAUGCUGCUAGAUGGUUUCCCUCUUGAGCUUGUUGAUGGAGAUGCGGCAAACAUCCCAAUGAAAUGGAUCACUGAAGUUCUUACUGAGCUUCACUACAUCAUGCAGUCCAACAGUAAGCUCAAGGUCAUUACAGUCAUUGGAGCUGAAAACUCAGGAAAAUCAACUCUGCUCAACACCAUGUUUGGGGCCAGAUUUGCCGUUAGCAAAGGAACAUGCACCAGAGGGGCGUUCAUUCAGUUGAUUAAUGUCAACAAACACAUCAGAGAAGAACUGGGGUGCGACUGCAUCAUGAUCAUCGACACUGAGGGACUGAAACCAUAUCAAAUGGUUCAAGAUGAUCACAGUCAUGAACGUGAUAAGGAGGUAGCGAGUCUCGCUGCUGCACUGAGCGACAUAACAAUCCUCAGCGUUCCCAGGGACAGCUCCACUGAGAAAGACAUCUUGGAACUGGUGCUUCAUGCUUUAAAGAAUGUGGAAAGAAAGCCACUGUGCCAUUUUGUGCAUAGUUACAUGUCUGAUAUGCCUGCUGUAGAGAGGAGGAGCAGUAAAAACUUGGUGGAACUGCUCAAUAAAAUGAUCGAGAAGGACACUAGGAUGAAGAAGGCCAACAUCACUAAAAUCUCAGAUGUAAUGGAGAUUGAUUCAGACACCUGCGUCUGGCACAUUCCUCCAAUUUGGCAUGGAACUCCACCGAUGGCUCCUUUUAGUAUUGCUUAUAGUGAAACUGCUCAUGCUUUGAAAAAGCAACUACUAAGGGACCUCAAAAAGUGCCAGGAAAGGGGUGAUCUAACAGAUUUUAUCCAAAGGGUAGAAAACCUCUGGAAGGCUGAAAAAUAAUAAAUGUAGCGUCGUCAUUAUCUGUGGAUGCGACCACAGAAGAUGCAACAAAAUAUUUUGGAGGAACACAUUUCAAUUUCAUCAACAAAUUGGAAUUCAGUUAAAU